AUGGAUAAUUCAUCAAAGCUACAGCUGUUACUUCAAAAUCAGAAAAAUGGUUUGGUCUAUCAACAUCUAAAGAAUAUUAAAGAUGGUGAUAAUGUUGAAGAUAUCGAGAAUGUCAAAGAUGUUGUAUUAAAUGAAAACUCCUGUAGAACAAAAGUUAAAUGUUCUUUUUGUGAGCAAUUGCUUAAUCAUUCAAAAAAGAUGAGCGUUACCGAUAUAAUCAAUAAAGUAGCAGCAAAAAUUGCUUUUCUUGAUGAACCAAUUAAGGUCUCUGUAUUUGUUUUUAAUAGCAGCUUUAACCAUGGUAUUUAUGCCAAAGAUGUUCUUGUUACAAGCGGAAUGCUCUUAAGUGAUGGUGGUGGAAGAGCCAAUGAAAAAUAA